AUGUCGACAUCCAACCUCAAGGGGCAUACGUUUACCAAUCGUCUUUUGUUGACGGUGGUUCCCAGCGGGAUGUACAUGAAGCACUUUACUCUUCAAACGAUGUCGAACUUCCCUGCCGGACUUGGGAAGGGCCAUGAUGCGGCCAUUGUGGGGUCCUGGCUCCACUCUGUUUUCCAGAAUCUGGAUGACGGCAAGAUCGAAGAAUCAAACCGUGAGAUUGUGGCGGUACUGAAAUUCACUCUGAAUGCUGCUCAGUCUUUUUGGACGGAGAUCUACUCACAUGGCAUGUGGAUGCCUCGAGCUGCGGCGGUUGAUUGUGUGGCACAUGGUUGGCAUCUCUUAGAUCCUGGGUAG